CUCAGCUCCAUAUUCGUGCCCUCCCGGAUGCCUAGGACGAGAUUAAGGGGAAGUUUGCAGGUAUAUUCAUCCAACGCAGUUGUUUCAGUACCUACAACUGGUCCUACCUAGUCGACACUUAAUUCGUUUAGUACAUAGGGCGUGCGGGGUCAGGAACGCUCCCCUCAGUCCCACGAAUAAAAGAUCGCACACCGCCUACAACGUACUAUCGCCCUAGUACAUGGCUGCCUGUGGUACGAGAUCUGCUUGAUUUAUAAGCCUGGGGAACUCUCGCUCUAGUACAAAACCUCAAACAGCCCACCUGGAAACCGAGAGCCGCCAUCUCCCCCAAUCUCUCUCAAAUCCCACCUUAAGCAUCCUGAAACUCACCACUGGGUCAACUGUAACCAUAAUCCACAAUGCCCGAGUCCAAAGACCUCAAAACCUACCACGGCUCCUGCCACUGCGGCACCAUCACCUACCUCUUCAAACUCCGUCUCCCACCCACCACCGACCCCAACAUCCGCGAAGGCCUCAACCGCAUCUACAAAUGCAACUGCACCGUCUGCCACAAAAUGGGCUUCUUCCACUGCCGCCCCAUCGACCCGGCUGCCGACUUCAUUCUCACUUCGCCCUCGACGAUUGAGGAGAUGGGACGUUAUAGCCUUAAGGGCAUAGUGGAGUGGUACUUUUGCAGGAAGUGUGGCGUGCAUGUGCUUGGGUUAGGAGGGAGCUGGAAGCAGGAGGAUGUGGAUGUGGAUGAGUGGGCGGGAAAAGAGGGGGGAUCUGGGAAGAAGCAGAAGGUGUGGGUUACGCGACCGAAGGGAGAGCGCCAGGAGAAGGAUAAGGAGGGGAAAGAGUUCGUGAAGCCGUUUCACUAUGUGAGUGUGAAUGCGACGACGUUGGAUCACGGGCAGGAAGGCUUGGAUUUGAGGGAGUGGCAUGAGAAGGGCUGGAUCUUUUAUGUGGAGUGCUGGAAGAGGAAGGAGGGCGAGGGGUCAAAGGAGCGAUUUGGGACGCCCCAUGAGUGCGGCAUGUAUUAAUGGGGCCUGUUGGAUGGAUUGCAAGAGGAGUGCCUCUGAGGAGGCGCCGCUGACUGACCGGAUAACUGUCAAUCACGAUAUGUAGCUAACCUUGGGAUUGGGAUGCUGACAUUUAAACGGUUAUUGCCAAGGCAGUUACUUGACACUUGCUUAUACGCUGAUGCAGUGAUUAGUGGUCUAGUCACUACUGAGGCUGUCACAUACAAGUGAACACUCUCCUUUGUCUCCUCUGUAGGUGGGAGUACUUAGCUCGUGCGACUUAAUUGGCUAUAAACUAAUGAGCUUUGCUUAGACCUUAUGCUGCGGCUGCAGUCUCUACCAAACUAACUGCGAGGGCGGGUUUAUUGAUUUACUUCCUAAAUGAUUCAUGGACUUGGAAAACAGCGG